ACCAUGAAAUUCCUUUUGGUCUUGUGCUGCCUCGUCCUCUGUGUGGCCCUCAGCUCUGCUCAGUGCAAUGGACGUCCUCGCUUCCAGGAUUGCCAUGGCGGCAAGGACGAAGGUGUCAGACAGAAGCACCAUUGUAUAAGUGAGCCCAAUCCUGAGAUGUGGUACUAUAACCACGCCACCAACCAGUGCCUGAAAAUGCAGUACCACGGCUGUGGCGGCAACAACAAUCGCUAUUGCUCUUUGGUCGGCUGUCAAAGGUCCUGCAUUCGUAAUUAA